AUGGGUAUAACGAAUGCGUCGGGUGCCGUCAAGGGCAUCUUCUCCCUCCAUGUCGUCACAGCCUGCGUCUCGUUUCUGCUCUUACUCGCUGCUCUGGCGCUGUUUGCUAAGCAACUGCGUGGUGGUGCAACCGGUCGAUCACGAACGGCCAUGAAGGUGUGGCAGUCGACUGGCAAGAGACACAGUGCGACCAGCACCCAACUCUUCGUCUUAACCGGCCUCUUCUGCCUCAUGCUCGGCUACGCCGCACAAUCCGCAAUCGUAGCCCUGCAAUCGCGCCUCGCCGUCUCCCCCUUCUACAUCACCUCUGCCUACGCCUACCCGCGCUACCCCGGCGCCACAACAUCCGCCCCAGACCUGCGCUACGGCCGGGCCAUCUCCAUCCUCUCCUUCCUCUACCAAUGCGCCAUGAUUCUCAUGAACGCCAGUAUCGUCGGCGCAAUCUGGAUCUAUGCAAAUCACGUGCACAGCAACGCCACGCAGCUGCGCGAACCCGGUGUGCUGAGCGUGGCGCUCAAUCUCUUCUGGAUGGUUGCCAUUCUCGCGCUGGGACUUGCGAGUUGGUCGCUGGGCUUGUAUCGUAGGGGUAGCGGAAGCAGCGCGCUGCCGUAUCCCACUCAGGUUGGAUCCGACUACGUGAUUCGCACGCUAUACGUCACGUACAUGUCUGUUGUUAUUGCGGCGUCGACGAGUGUGACGCUCGAGGCGAUUUUGUGUUGGUUGGGGAUUAAGAGGAAUGGGCUUCCCGGCAAUAAAUUACAGUCCUCGCUCACACGCCUUGUAAUGCUUGUUACGCCCCUCGUCUGGCUCCGCAAUGCCUUCUCUAUCGCUCAACUCAUCAUUCUCUACCGCAACUCGCGCCGCUGGUCGCGCCGCACCACCGAGGCGCUGGCUUUCCUCUUCAUCAUCUUCGGCCAGCUCUGCGAUCUCGCUAUCCUUGCCUUGCUCCUGCUCGGUGCAAAGAGCUUUGGACGGAAAGACGAGGUGCAGUAUGUCGGCAAGGAAGUGAGGUAUAGUGAGAGUGUUGCGGGAAAUAGGGAUAGCGUUAUGGCGGAUAGGCAUUACAUUUCUAAUAACGUGAAUGCGACUCCGACUGGGGAUGGCAGGUCGACUUUUGUGGAUGCGAAUGGAGUCGAGCGGAGGGAGCCGGCGUAUGUGCCGCAUGUUAGUGUUUAA